AAUAAAUCUAUUGCAAAAUGGAGGAGGAAAGAAAAGAUGUUAUUGAGAUAAGAAGUGAUGAUCAAGAGUUAGGAUAUGAUAUGCCAAAGCCUAGAUACAUUAGCGAUUCUGAUGGCUCUAACAAGGAUAUUCAAAAUUACCAAGAAAGACCUACAAAAGAAACAUACUCUUACAGCUCGUCAAUGGGAUCUACCAAAGAUAGAGAUAAUAGCCACUCAAAUUCAAGCCAGUCAAAAGAUGAAAAUGAACCUGAUCGUAAUAAAACAUUCUCUGGAAAAGAAGAAGCUCCAGAUGCCACCAGAGCUUUCUUUAAGGACAGCGUUGAAGACAGGACUUACCACUUAAAUGCUACUGGAACAAUGGUAGAUAUUUCUAAAAAGAGGAAGAAGACCAGAAAGAUUCCUAUGAGUGUCAGAAAACCAGUUUCCCAGUAUCUAGCAUUUAUCAAGUCUCCCUUUAAGGAUAGGUCCCCAAUGCUGUUCUUUCCUUACCCAAGCUAUGUUGGGGAUAAGAAGGAUGAGUUUGAUAGGGUGUUCUAUAAACCUCAAGAAGAGCUAGAGCCUCUUACAAUGCGGUUUAAAAUCAGCGAAAAUACUAACAUCUAUAAUGCAAUGGUCAACUCUUGCAAAGCAGCUGGCAUGUACCUUGUAGGAGAACAGCAGAUGCUCAAGAAAAAGAGAAUUGCCCAAGGAUUGACUGAUUCGGAUACUUCAGACGAGGAGGAAGAUCCUGAUGAAAAUAAUUUUAACUUACUAUUUUCAGGAUCCAUAAAGGAUGACAUUUUGAAGAGACUCAGAAGCUACCAAAAAAUUAAUCAUUUCCCAAAGAGCUUUAAUCUCGGCAGGAAAGAUGCCAUGUGGAGAAACUACUUGACUGUGGCGGAGAAGUAUCCAGAAGAUUACAACUUCUGUCCAAAAACAUAUAUUUUCCCUGAGGAUGAGGAAGAAUUUGAAGAUGAUAGAAGAGAUCCUGACUAUGACCCAGAAAUGGAUCUGAAAUUAUGGAUCUUCAAACCAAGCGCUUCAAGCUGUGGUAAAGGAAUCAAAAUUGUAGGAAGAGAUGAUCCAAUUGGGAAGCAUAAGAAAGGCUUCGUGAUUAGUGAAUAUAUAGCUAACCCCCAUUUAAUCGAAGGUAGAAAGUACGACCUUAGAGUUUAUGUUCUUGUUGUCAGCUACGAUCCAUUGAUAAUCUAUCUUUAUGAUGAUGGUCUUGCAAGAUUUGCUACAGGGAAGUAUACUCUUGAUGAAGACCAGUUUGAGAACAAAUAUGUCCAUCUGACUAAUUACAGUGUUCAGAAAAAUGCAGAAGAAUACACACAAAAUAAAUCGAAAGUUGCCAAUAACUUAAGAGCUUCUAAAUGGAGUCUAAAGACUCUCCAGAAAGUCUUUGAAGAUCAUGGAAAAGAUUACAAGAGUGUCAAAAGAAGAAUGAAGGAUCUGAUUAUUAAAAUGAUCAUAGCAGUGGAGCCCCCUAUUGUAGAAGGCAUCAAUGAUUCAGGUAUUAAACCAAAUCAGUGCUAUGAACUUUAUGGUUUUGAUAUUAUCAUUGAUUCUAACUUGAAGCCAUGGAUUCUUGAGGUGAACAUCAGCCCUUCCUUCUCAUCUUCUUCUCCAUUUGAUAAGACCUUAAAAACAAUGUUGGUCUGUGAUAUUCUCUCAAUUGUUGGUCUCAAACCUGUAAACCACGAGAAGUAUGAAAAGGAAGAAAGGAAGAAGUUGCAUAGUGACGGUUUAGGUCAUAGUUCAGAAGAAAAGAAAGAGUCGUUCAAAAAUAUAGAAGAUAUUUCCUCAGGAAAGCUGGAUGAAGAAGACUUCAAUUUAAUAAUGGAGUAUGAGGAGCAAAUAAGAAAGGUAGAGAACUUUGAGCUGAUCUUCCCACUCAAGAAUAAUUACAAGAAGUACUCAAAAUUCUUUGCUGAGGAGAGAUACAGAAAUCAUCUGUUAUGGAGUCACAUAAAUAGCCCACUGGUUGAUAUUGAGUCUAUGUAUAUCUAA